CGGAUCCACUACUAUCAUUCCGCUAUGGCAAAGACGCGUAACUCCACAUCAACAGCUGCUGCAAGCAGUGCCUUUCUCUUGAAAGCGGCCCCUGGCGGCAAGAAGCGCGUGGUUGUCCCGCGUCCGAAGACAUACGAUGAUGCUCUCAAGGCGGCUGCUAAGCACUUCCCUUCGAUACCGAAAGACGACAUCGUCCUGCAAAGCGAUGAACUCGAUAUCCUUCCUGGGGAGCUAGUGGAAAUUUCCGCGGAAUUUUGGGAAGAGGCCGUCGUCUCGUUGAACUCUGUAUAUGUUGUACGGUCUGAAUCACAUGACGACUUCUCCUGCGAUUCUGAUGAUCAGGUGCUUCAAUCCCCUUCAUCGUGCACGAAAAAGUCUCCAUCCCCCGAAGUGACUCUCCCAGCUUCAUUAGACCUUGUGGAGAAGUCUGACACAAAGGGAUUCAAAACAAUCAGCGUAUCCACCUCGUGGGGGAUCAUCCAGUGCAAAGUGGGUCGGAAAACUAGGGUAGCGACGCUUUUGAACAGGGCUGCGGAGGCCCUCAAUAAGGAAGCCUCUGAGCUUCGAUACUUUGUCGAUGGAGAGUACCUCCACCAUCAGGGCGUAGUUGGCGAUGUUCUUUGGGAGAAGGAUGAAGACUAUCCGCUCACCAUUGAUAUUUUCCCCGUACAAUCCGGAGGGAAGCCAGUCAUCUACCUUUUUUCGCCUAUGGAGAUGGACGCGACUGUGAAUCUCAGUCUCGUGCCGUCAUGGAAGUUCUCUGCUAUCUACCCUGUCGUCCCCACGAAAAUUAGCGUUUUAGGCGACGAGAGGCUCAGUUGGAAAGUACGCACUCACGCUGACGGGAGUCUGCUGGAGAAGACUACAGGGCUCGAUGUCGCUUACCUGUUCUGGGAAGCCCAUACCAACGCAGGGGCCCCGCCAUCCCCUCCUUCAUCUCCUUUGCCGGGUCAGAACGCUUCGACCGAGCGCUUCUGCCCAAUUGGUUCCAACCUCUAUGACCACAACUCCGUCGUGCUCCCUGUUGCGAGUCUCACCCCGUACUUGGACAAAGCCCUGAUGUCUCUUGGCCUGCAUACAGAGGCCAGAACUUCCUUCAUCACAUACUGGCUACCCUCCUUCCUCAAGCACACCCAUAUCGCCCUUCGUUUCGUCCCUCAAGCGGCGUACGAACGCGCCGCACCGCUAGAUGUAUCCCCCGUCCCAGAUGUCAUCACUCGAGUGUUCAUGCUCUUCAAGGGGGUUCUUGAAGAGAACUUGGAGAUGUGGCCCGAAGCGCAAGCGCGUGUAACCAAGGAUGUAGCGAUGUGGCGUGAUGUUGUCGGUGUCGAUAUUGAGAAAGCGUCCGACGCGGUGUUGUUCAGAGUGCUGGAAUGGGGCGGGAUGGAGGUGUUGCGGGCGUGAUCUGUUGGAAGUCUGCAAGACGAAUUAUUUUCUUGUCGAUUUAGUUGCUUUUCUUGUGCUCUGUGUUACGACCAUGACUCGACGGUCGUGCUUUUCAUCCCUAUUGUAUAUUUUCUGAAUCCC